AUGGCAAAUUCGGCGAGGUCAAAGUAUUCAACAAUUUACAAUGAAACAGACACGAACGAAUAUACGAGAGACAGCAGUGCUUGUGGUGACAGUGAAGUAACUACCUAUCAGAAAGAUACAUCGUAUAAAGUUAACUUAACAUCACUAGUGGUUGAUAAUCUUAAAAAACUAUUGAAUGAUUGGAUUACGAAGUACUUAUGUGAGAACAAUGAAACUAAACAAAAGAUUGAUUCAGUACUGGAUUCGAUAUUACACAAAAUGGAUUUACAGUCGAAUGACACAUCUUCAUAUACAUACACCAUUGAUGUGGAAUUGGGACAUCAAAAGAAAAAACCAGAAUCACAAUCAACAUUUUCGAAUGACUUGAAGUUUUAUCCAGAACAAAAAGAAGACGCAAUAGCAGGAGUUAAAUCAUCUUAUCUAACAAUACCAUUGUGUAAUAAGUAUCUUGAAAUAAUUUCAACAUUAAGCAUCCCAAGAAAGUCACAGAGAAAGAAAAAACGGAAAUCUUUAAACAGGGUUAAGAACUUUCGAUACAAGAAGAUAAUGUUGUCUGUAAGCAAAUCGAGCAAAUAUCUUCUAACGUCCUCGAGUCUAAAUUUUCUAACUCUGAGAGCUAAAUCAGUAACGAAACACUGUGCAACUUACCAAAGGAAUGACCCAGAAGUUAAGAACCAAAACAAUAACGUUUUACCAAAAACUUAUACCAACACUAUUUUAGUCGACGAUGACAGACUAACUAAAAGUAGAAGUCAGAAUAGCACACAGAGUGGAGGGAAACAUAAAAAUAGUUUUAAGAAAAUACCUAGUAUUUAUGAAAACAUAUAUGGCAUUAAUUCAGGUCACCUAAAAACCUAUGGAAGUAUACAAACGAGAAUGAACAAAAGGGCAGUUAAUUUAUCUGAACAUCAAAAUACAAAACAUUAUAAAUCUAAGCAUCAAAAAGAUAAAAUAACGAGUGAAAACGAUCACAGCGAUCAACUUGUCACAAUUGAUUUCGGAAAGGAAAGUAAUGAAUCGAAAUUAGACGUAAAUACAGAAAGUAAAAACGUAGAAGGUGAAAAUAAUCUAAAAAUUAACAAUAAAUCGCACAAAAAUACAAUAUUCAGGGGUAAAGCUACUAAUUAUCAAACCAUGAAAUCUAAGCGAAUCAGAUAUUUUGCCAAGAAAUCCAACAAUAGAAUUAAAAGACAAAAAGAACUUAUGCAUAAUUUUCGAACAUUAAUGAAAUAUUUUUCUAAAUACAAUGAUGAAAAGGAUAUGCAAUUGCAAAUAAAAAUUAAGGUCUGUCCUAAGAUUAAAAACGAGGAAAAUACAAAGACACUCUCACAAGCACAUAACAUGGAAUCAAAUAUAAACAAAACAAAUACUCCAGAAGAAAAUAUAAAAGGAAAAUCGGCAUUAAAUAGUCAAAAUAUUAUAUCACUACUUGAUGGAGCAACAAGUGAAACAAAAUAUUUAUUAAGAGAAUCAACUGGUGAAGCCAUAGUAUCAAAUGUUAACUCAGGCUCAAAUUCUCACUUAGAAAACUUGAAAAUAAUUCAAGAGAUAAAUGAACUCAGAGGAAUUAUAAACUCUUUAGCAAACACCGCAGAUAAACUUAUCAGUAACCACUUAUAUGAGACAAAUAAAAUUCAAUAUAAUUCUAUUCAUUCAAAAUCCAAAAUAAAGGAUCUAUCACAAAGUAUAAUUGUUGAACACGCAACGAAAAACUCUCUGGUUAAUAGCGGAUCACCAAAAACAUCGAAAGGAAUUCAAGUGUCAAGUAGCAUGCGUAAAAGCCAAUUGAAAUCAGGCCUCAAACUUAGGAAAGAGCCAAAAAAGAAGGAAUGUAAUUCUUCUACAAUGAAAAAGAAAUCCUCGUAUAAUAUUAUAGCUAGCGAAUCACUAAUUAAAGUUACAGAUAUGACAUCAGCAGCGCAAAAUAAAACUGAUGAUGAUCAAAAGAUGAUAGACAACGCUUUAACUUGUUCGUUUCCAAAAUCGAAAUCGCUCUACGAAACCUCAAUAGCUACGAAUAAAGGAAAAUUGUUAGCGUUAUACUGCGAUGAUCUUACAAAAUCCAAAAAUUGUACCUAUAGCAUAUCCGACAGUAUUUGCCCGAGUCAUUCUAAUCGCGAACAUGCGUGUAGUUACAAUACAUGUGGAAGACCAUGCGACGCUGAGCCAAAUGUAACUUGUAACGACAAUGUAUCUACAAACAGCAAUUGUGAACUUUUGGGCGACGAAAAUAAUUCCUGCUCGUCUGUGUGCAUUGAAAUCGAUCCGCAUUGUUUUUAUGGCAAAAAAGUUAUUAUAAGACACCGUGAGGGAAUGUGUUUUUGGGAAGGAUGUCUAUAUUGUAUCCUUCUUUGGCUGCCAGUUCUACUUGUAUCAUGGUUAUUUUACUUACAUGUUAUAAAAGAGUGGAUUGCAAUAAGCAAUGGCAAGAUAAGAGAUAUUAAUAAUCCACAAAACCAAGACUCAACAACAACAUCACCAACAAAACCAGGAAAUAUUCGUGUUGGUGCCAUGUAUCAUGGGCUGUCACUUUCUGAUUUAGGCUUUUGA